AUGAGCGGAGAGCCGGAUGCACUGGCAGUUGUUAAUCAGCUGCGGGACUUAGCUUCAGAUCCUUUAAACCGCCGACCCAUCGUACAGGAUCAAGGAUGUCUCCCAGGCCUCAUCUUAUUCCUUGACCAUCCCAAUCCUCAAGUGGUUUACUCUGCUCUUUUGGCUCUCCGAUACUUAGCAGAAUGUCGUGCCAACAGAGAGAAAAUGAGAUGCGAGUUGGGAAUGAUGCUGAGUUUGCAAAAUGUCAUCCAAAAGACUACCACACCAGGGGACACACAGCUUCUUGCCACUGAAGUCUAUGACCUUUUGCAGUCUUCCAGCACAGCAGAUGGUGAUUGCAUGAAUGAGAUGAACUCGCGGAGGCGGAAGGCUCAGUUCUUUCUUGGAGCCACAAAUAAACGUGCCAAAACUGUGGUUUUACAUAUUGAUGGCCUUGAUGAUACGUCUCGAAGGAGUCUUUGUGAAGAUGCCUUGUUAAAAAUCAAAGGCGUCAUUAGUUUUACAUUUCAAAUGGCAGUUCAAAGAUGUGUGGUUCGAAUUCGGUCAGAUUUAAAAGCUGAGGCUUUGGCCACAGCAAUAGCAUCUACCAAAGUGAUGAAAGCACAGCAAGUCGUAAAAGGCGAGACUGGAGAAGAGCUGCUGAUUCCAUUUCAAGAUACACCUGUGGAUGUGGAGCAGAACACAGACUUACCAGACUAUCUACCUGAGGAUGAAAGUCCGAUGAAGGAACAGGACAAGGCUGUGUCUCGUGUUGGGGCACAUCAGGACAGUGGAAGCAGUUGGCUCAGCACUGCGGCAAACUUUUUAUCCAGAUCAUUCUACUGGUGA